AUGCGAAGAGUAGCGCUUUCCGCCGCCCUCCUGGCCCUCGCUGCCGCUACCGUGUCGGCUGUCGACGAGCCUAAGCCUGUCUUGAAGCCUACGGAUAUCAGGGCACCCUUCAUUGAGCAGUUCUCCGAAGAUUGGGCAGAACGUUGGACAGCGUCAGAAGCCACCAAGAAGACCUCCGUUGGCGGCGAGACCUUUAGCUACGUAGGCAAGUGGGCCGUCGAGGAGCCCAUUAUCUCCGUCGUCGAGGGCGACAAUGGUCUCGUAGCCAAGACCAAGGCUGCCCACCACGCCAUCUCCGCCCCCUUCUCUGACCCCAUUGACUUUAGCGAGAAGCCCCUCGUCGUCCAGUAUGAAGUCAAGUAUCAGAAGGGCGGCAACUGCGGUGGAGGCUAUCUCAAGCUACUUGAAGAUGGCUUCCAGACGGAGGGCAAAGAGUUCUCUGACAAGACCCCAUGGACAAUUAUGUUUGGUCCUGACUUGACAUGUCCUGGGACGAAGAUUCACUUCAUAUUCCGUCACAAGAACCCUAUCACUGGCGAGUACGAGGAGAAGCACCUUAAGGUCCCUCCCAAGCCCACCAUUGAGAAGCUUACGAACCUCUACACUCUCGUGCUGAAUCCUGACAACACAUUCGAUGUGCUGUUCAACGGCGAAAGCAAGGCAUCCGGCAACCUCCUUGAAGACUUCAACCCUCCUGUUAACCCGCCGAAGGAAAUUGACGAUCCCGAGGAUUCCAAGCCCGCCGAUUGGGUUGACCAAAAGAAGAUCGCAGACCCCGAGGCGACCAAGCCUGAUGACUGGGAUGAGGAUGAGGCUUAUGAAAUUCCCGAUGAGGAUGCCGGUAAGCCUGAGGGCUGGUUGGAUGACGAACCUGAGACGAUCCCCGACCCUGACUCCGAGAAGCCCGAGGAAUGGGAUGACGAGGAGGACGGUGACUGGAUCGCACCUACCGUUCGCAACCCCAAGUGCGACGAGGCACCCGGUUGCGGCGAGUGGAAGCGUCCCACUAAGGCUAACCCGGCGUACAAGGGCAAGUGGUAUGCCCCCUUGAUUGACAACCCCGCAUACAUUGGCGAAUGGGCUCCCCGCAAGAUCCCCAAUCCUGCCUACUUCGAGGAUCUGAGCCCCGUUAAGAACCUAAACAAGAUUGGUGGUGUUGGUAUCGAACUCUGGACCAUGACCGAGGACAUCCUCUUCGACCACGUCUACAUCGGCCACUCCGUUGACGACGCCAAGGCUCUUGCCGCGGAGACUUUUGACAUCAAGCACCCUCUUGAGGUUGAGCAGUCAAAGGCUAAGAAAGUCGUUGACGCCGAUGAAGAAGAGGAGACGAUCAGCUUCCAGGAGGAUCCGAUUGAGUUCCUGCGCGCCAAGAUCUUCAAGUUCGUUGAGCUUGCCAAGCUUGAUCCUCUUCUUGCGUUCAAGACCCAGCCUGAGACCGGCGCGGCCUUUGCACUUGCUGUUGUUACUCUGUUCGGUAUGCUCGGUAUGAUGUUUGGUUUCAUUGGAGCGUCUCAGGCAACAAUCACCAAGUCUUCGAAAAAAACUGACGCACCUACACCCGAUGACAAGCAGAAGACCGAGACUACGCCUGUCGUGCCAGCGGGCGGAGAGAAGGUGGACACCACUCUGAAGAAGCGGAAGUAA